AUGGAACGCGUUGUCGACACUGUUGUACAUUUGGGAAAGCAGGGACUUGCUUUCAGAGGGCAUCGAGAGUCACUAAUUGAUGACCCAGAAGCAAAUAAAGGAAAUUUUCUAGAGUCUCUGAAUUACCUGUCAACCUACGAUAUAACAACUGCGAAUCAUCUUGAAAAGGUUAGAAAUCAACAAGCUAUGUCGAGAAGAAAGGGCGGGGGAAGAGAAGUUGCCUCGCAAAUUGUCAAAGAAAUCGGUAAUUGCAGAGCAUGGGCAUUAAUAGCCGACACCACACCGGAUGUCAGUCACCACGAGCAGCUUAGUAUUUGCGCAAGGAUCGUUAAUCGUAAUGGCAAAUGCUCCGAGCACCUUUUGUCUUGCAAAAGAGCUUCCGGUACAAAAGCAAUGGAAUUAUACAAUCUAAUCUCAGAAACACUUGUCUCGAAAGGUGUGUCGUUUGGUAAACUCGUAGCACAAACAUACGACGGCGCUUCGAAUAUGAGCGGAUGCUACAACGGCUUGCAAGCGAUCAUCAAGGAGAAAGUUGGAAAACAUGUUGCUUUUGUCCACUGUUAUGCACAUACGCUUGAUCUUGUUUUGUCCGACUCUGCAAGUGUUGAUGUUCAAGUAAUAAGCCUCUUCAAUGACCUCGAAGCCUUGUACGUUCUCUUUAGGAAGACACAAAGAAUCUAUGAUUUGUUCGAAGCUGUCCAACUGGAAGAGAACCUGAAAGUCCUUUCCCUAAAGAGACUUAAUACUGUUCGUUGGCAUUCACGCGAGUUGUGUCUAAAGGUCCUUCUCUCUCGUUAUGAUUGCAUUUUAAGUGUCCUGGAAACCGUUGCGUUAGACAGUUUAAUUGAUGGAAACCCACGAAAAACGAGCAUUGGCUUAUUGAAGCAGAUUCAAACAAAGCAGUUUCUGGCUACCGCGUACCUCUUUCGAGAAAUAUUUGCAUCCACUGGUCCACUAAGCCGAUAUUUACAACGCGUUGAUGUUGAUUUUGGAAAAGCCCUGGGUAUGGUCGAAAGCGCGAUUGACGAGCUUAAUGAAUUGCGUAACCAACCGGAGCGAAUUAUCAGAUACGUCGAGCAAAAACACGACUCCCCCAGCGUGACUUGGGAACAACCAAGAAUCAGACGUCGAAGACGAAUGGAUGAUGAAAAUGCCGAAGACGAACCUGCUGAAACACCAGAAGAUCACUGGAAACGUAACACAUUUUACGUUUCUGUGGACACGAUCUUAAAUUCAUUGAAGAAUCGAUUUGAGAAAAACCAACCCUUGCUCCAAGCUUUUUCGUUGUUUGCUCCAAGCCGUUUCCCACAACUUGUGAAGAAUUUCAAAACCGCACAUGAUCUCCAAGCGUGCCUUAACACUUUUUGUGAAACGUACAAUAAUAACAAUAUAGAUGCGUUUAGAUGUGCUGACGAAUUGUUCAAUUUUGCUCGUUCUUUUGAGAAAUUCGACUGUUCAACUGUCUGCGAGCAAGAAGAAUGA